AUGAUUCCGUCUAUGCUCUCAACUCUACUUCUCUUCGCGCUUGGCGCCUCUGGUGCCCCGUCAGUCAAGCUAGGAAAAACGACGGUCAUCGGAACGACCCUGCCGACUUUUGGACAAGAGCUCUUCGCAGGUAUCCCGUAUGCCGAACCGCCCAUCGGAGAGCUUCGGUUCAAGCCGACGGUUCUGACAACAUCCUUGAACGGCUCCUCGUUCAAUGCUACUCAAUUCGGGCCAGCAUGCCUCCAACCGCUGGCAGGCGGCACUGCGCAUAGUCUUCCCGUCGGCAGCGCAAUUUCGGAGGACUGUUUGACCAUCAACAUUGUUCGUCCCAUCGGGGUCAAUUCAACCUCAAAGCUCCCUGUGAUGUUUUGGACAUACGGUGGCGGAUUUUUCGUGGGCUCCUCUGUGGUUUAUAACGCCAGUGCGCUUGUUGCUCGUAGUGUGGAAAGGGGAACUCCCAUCAUCCUCGUCAAUUUCAACUACCGACUCGGGCCUCUCGGGUUCCCUCAAGGGACAGAAGCUCUGAAUGAAGGCUCUCUGAACCUCGCGCUCAGAGAUCAACUUGCUGCUCUCGAAUGGGUACAGAAGAACAUCGGCAAGUUCGGCGGUGAUAAGCGCAAGGUCCUGGCGUUUGGUCAGAGUGCCGGAAGCAUGAUCACUUCGAUGCAGUUCUUGAACCCCCGCAUGGAGAAACUCGUUCGGGCAGCGAUUUUCGAAUCCGGAGCUCAGUCGUCAGGCGGAGGGUUGUUCGAGCCCGCUCGACGAGAAAGUGUCUGGAGCCUCUUCGUAGGGGCCGUCCCUUCUUGUGCUUCUCUCGCCGGCACGAAUUCGACGUUUUCGUGUCUCCGGAACGCCAACACAACGGAAAUGCUGAAUGCCUUCCUCUACACUAUGUCCCAUGCGAGCGAGCCCUUCCCCUGGGACCCGGCAAUCGACGGUCCAGGCGGUCUCGUCCCCGAGCUUCCUUCGAAGCUUUUGCUGAAAGGGAAAUUUGCCAAGAUUCCUUUCAUCGCUGGGUCAAACAUGGACGAGGGGACGUUGUUCACUUCCACGACGAUGAAUUCCUCCGCCGAGAUUAACGCUACCAUAACCGCGGGGCGCUCUCCUGCGGCUUCUCCUGCAGAGCUUCAAGCUACGAUCGCGAGAAUGCUCGAACUCUAUCCAGAUGAUCCUUCGCUCGAAUCGCCGUUCGGAACUGGGAACGAGACCUUCGGCUUGAGUAGCCAGUACAAGCGCUAUGCAUCGAUCGAUGGAGAUGUAGAUUUCCACUCUCAGCGACGGUUCUGGAUCAAUGCCGCAGCCAAUGCGAGUGUGCCCACCUACGGCUACCUCUUCACCCAGCCGCAGCCGCAACUUGCUCCACGACUCGGUAUCGAUCACGGAGCUGAGGUCAACUACGUCUUGGGCGGGCUGAACGAUACAACGCCCUCGGCGGUGCAGCUCAGCCGUGUCAUGAUGGACUACUGGAUCUCUUUCGCCACGAGUCUGACACCGAACGAUGGGAUUGGCUCCCAGCGUCCUGAAUGGACACAAUUCACCCCCUCAGCGAAGAAUCUCAUCCAACUCAACGGGAACAACCUGACCAUGAUCCCCGAUACUUAUCGCGAGGAGCAAAUUGGUUUCAUCAACUCGAACCCGGAAAUUUGGCAUCAUUAAGAUUAUUUCUUUUCCGU